AGGCUAAAUAGAGGAGUGUUUUUGUGAAGGAGAACAAAAGCUAAACGGAUAAUUCCUUCUUCCGAUUAUUAUGUUGUGUUGUUGAUAUGGCGUCACUCGUCACCCCAGCGCAUGUUAGCAACACCAAACCCUUGCACUGUUCUACUCGGAAGGCUAACCGUGUGAAGUGUGAACUUUCACCGCCAUCAUGGAGAGAAGGCCGGCGAAUGGUGUCCAUCUCUCUACUUCUUUCCCCCUUCCUUCUCACUCCUAACCGUGCUAAUGCUGAAGGAAAUUUUAUGGAUAAAUAUGUUAAGAGAAAAAAGCUAGAGCCUCUGGAGACUUAUGUACCCGCUGUAAUACUCACACAGUUCCAGAUCGAGGAUUUGGAUAAAACAUUAGAGGGCAAUGAACCCCAGUUUGCCCUCUGCCGGUCUCUACUUCGUUCUGGGCCUGCAGCAUCUCUUCGUAUAAAUAUUCGAGCAGUUGCGCAAUAUGCUUCAGACAGUGGCAAUGGUAAAGCUGCUUUCAACAAUGUCGAUGAAUGUUUGAGGUCAAUUGAGGAACUCGACUCCUUGCUUCUGCGUGCAUCAAGAAAUGAUCCUGGCGCCUCAGUCAAAUCAAUGAAGACAAACGUCAAAUCUGCCCUUAUUGCUCUAGACAGCCUCUUACAAACAGUACCAUCGGAUGUGCUAAGUAAGGGAAAGGUUAUAGCUGAUUCAUACUUGGAGGAUCGGGAAGACGUCGAAACAGAGAGCUUGGACCCUGGUUUAAAGCAAUUAGAAUCAAUACUAUGAAAAUAGCCUUGUUUAUAUCUCUAUACCAACCUGUAUUACUUUCUCACCUCUAUGUUCCCAAUCAUUGUUAUCCUCACAUGUUCAUAUUCAGUUGAAGAAACUGAAUUUGGUGCUUCAUUGCAUCUGCAUCUUCAUAAAUUAAACAAAUAAUAAAAGGAUUCAAGGUUCUUCUAA